UGUUGUCUAAAUCUUCUCAGGUUUGACUGGGGAAAGAGCCACAUUUAAAAGCAGAAGUUAUUCAGCAUAUUUCUUGGUUCUCUUAAGGGCUUCAACUAACCAAGCUUCAAAUGGCAAAUUCUCAACCGUUUUCUGAAAGGUAUGAUGAGUUGGAUGCGCCCCUGAAAAAUGAACUCAGUGAAAUUCUUAGUAAGAGUAAAUCAAUUGUAGGACCCACUACAAGAAUUAUACUAAACACAACAGUCGUAACUGAAGGAGAGUUACUGAGGAAAGAGAUCAUUGGAGAGAAAAAUGAUUACAAACCUCGUAAGGUCAUUCUGAUGGUUGGAGAAACGGGUACAGGGAAGACCAGUCUCAUCAAUGCAAUGAUCAAUUACAUCCUGGGUGUUAGAUGGGAACACAAGAUUUGGCUGGAGGUAGCCGAGGUAUCUGAAAACCAAACUGAGUCUCAGACAACAGCAGUGACUGUUUAUGAGGUUUUUCCAAAGGGCAGUCCAUUCUCUCUCACCAUUAUCGACACACCUGGGCAGGGUGACACACGUGGCCUUGACAAAGACAAACUCGUUCCUGAAAUUUUGCAGCUGUUAUUCAGAUCUGAGGAUGGCAUUCAUGACAUUGAUGCCGUGUGUCUCGUGCUGAAGGCAACAGAUGCUCGGCUCCAUGAAAGACAGCUGUAUAUUUUGGAUGAAGUUCUGUCAUUAUUUGGAAAGGACAUAGAAAACACAUCACUAUACUCAUCACAAAUGCUCAUAAAACCGUUCCGAAAAGCCCUUGAUUGCAUCAAAGUAGCCAAAAUUCCAUGUGCAAAAACAACGAACGGUCAGCCUGUUUAUUUUAAAUUUAACAACUGUCAAAGUGAUUCCUAUGAUGAGGAAGACAGAGAAUUACAAAGACUUAUGGGAUAG